AGGAUGAGAGAGAACAUUAUCGACUAAGCCUUAAAAUCGCGAGACUCUUUGAGAGACACACAAUACAGCCCGAGACUUUUGAUCUACGAGCGAGACGCGUUUGCUUAAAGGCAAAACACACGCUAGAGGAUACCGUAUGUAUAGAACAGUACAAAGGUAUUGUACGAUCAGACGGACAAACGAACAGACGGAGCAGACGGAGGAACGGUAAGCGCCAUGCUCUCGCUGCUACGUGAAGCGUGAGCAGGAGGAAGGAAAAUAGAGAUAGGAGGAAAAGGAAGCGCAACCGCGGAGGAUAUCACUUGUUGCUAGAGUUACUACGACGAUACUUCAUGAGAAAUCCAGACGUUUGUAAUCUAAGCCACAUCGCAAGCCGCAUGCAUACGGACGCACGUACGCAUUACUGAUUUCUUGACAAGUUUUGAUGAUUUUUCUCGAAAGUCUCCGGCAUUUCAUGCAGCCAGUAAAAUUGCAAAAUCAGUUGGAUACUGAUGAAAAGCAAAGAACGCGAGAGGAUCUACCACGUAAAUGGUAAAACGUUCCCAAAGACAUAAUUUAUUCCGAAAAAUAUUUGAAUAUAAAGAUUUCCGGCGAUUCACAAUUAACAGACCUCUAUGCAAGCCAAAUCAUUCAGCAAACUUUCCACUUUGAAACUAACUGUCGCAUGAAAUCUCUUCGUGAAUUCGAUAUACGGCUUUCGGAUGAAAUCGAUAUUGAGCUCUGUUCUCGUUGGUAUUAUAAUAAAGGAUAUGCUCUUUUACGCAUGAUAGAACAUAUGAUCACGCGGGCUGAGUUUCAACAUGCUGUCAGAAAAUAUUUAGACAAAUUUAAAUAUCGUUCUGUCACCCUUAAUGAUUUCUGGACCAUGUUACAACUUUUUUUUGAUUUUGGAAAAGAUAGUAUAUAUAUAUAUAAAGAGAUGAGUAUAGAGGAUAUUUUGGAGACGUGGUUAACUGAGAGAUAUUAUCCUAUCGUGGACGUCCUUCACGUUCCUCAGAAGAAUGUAUUGCUAUAUACUGUCACUAGAAUUGACAGUACGAUGCAAUACACUUGGGAAAUACCAAUAACAUGCGAAAUAUAUGCUGAAGAGAAUAUGUAUCGUUCUAACUGCAGUAAUUUGAUACUUAAUGCUUUUGGAAAUAUUAAAUUAUUAGACAGUUUUGAUUUUGUUCUAUUUAAUGUAAAACAGGCUGGGUAUUAUCGUGUUAAUUACGAUGAAAGAACUUGGUUGCGAAUCAUAAAAUUCUUAAACGGUGAAACAUAUCAUGAAAUGCAUGCCCUCAAUCGUGCGCGAUUAAUUGAUGAUGCAUAUUAUCUUAUGACAAAUGGCUUCAUAGUAUCCCCUAUAUUUUGGCAAAUCAUAAAACAUCUACAGUUUGACAAAAAUUAUAUAGCCUGGUAUACAAUAUUUAAUAUUCUAUCCAACGUAUGGCCCGUUUUGAAUCAUCCGAACACAAUAUAUAUGAAGAACAUUUUCAUUGAUAUGUUGAACGGCAUACUUCAAGAGCUGGAAUUCGUAGAAAAAGAUGAUGACGACAAUAUGUCUAAAGCAUUGAGACUAUUAGCAGCAAGAUGGGCUUGCAAGUUAGGACAUAUACAGUGUCGAGUAACUGCCAUGUCAAGUUUGCUUUCCAAUUUGACCGAUCCUAAAUUCAAAUUUCAACCAUGGUGGAAAGAUUGGAUAUAUUGUGCCGGUAUGAUGAUGGGAACCGAAAGUAUGUCGAAUCGGCUGUUUGAAAUAUAUAAUAAUACCAAAGAUGUAAAUUAUAAGAAGUACCUCUGUUGCGCGGAAGAUAUAGAGAUUCUUAUGCAGAAUGUAGCUAAUUUAUGGUCAUUCACACCAACGCAAGACGAGCGGAUGCACCUUAAUCGCAUUAUUACCAAGAAACUUGGUGUUGUGGAAUACAUCAUAGAGAAUUAUUUCGAAAUACAUCAUUCUUGGUGGAAUGACACUUCUUUAUACCUAAACUUAAUAGGUGAUAUGAUGAUGAAUGUAUAUUUUAACGAUGAUUUCGAGAAGAUUGUGAACUUUGCAGAACAAUUGACCUAUGUAAACGAAUCACGUCUAAUAAUGUCAGAGAUAUUUAUAUUAAAACAUGGUCAAAAGCAAAGAAUUCGCAAAAUGGAAGAUACGUUUCAGUUACGAGCUUUGAAUAAUGAAGGAAACGUAUAAUUUCUCAACAAGUGGGUUUAUAAGAUGUGAUUCAAGAAUUCAAGUAACUAGUGGUCAAAUUAAAAGCUAUUAUAACUUAUG